UACGGGACACAGAAAGUAGCGUGCGUUAUGGAUGAAUGGAGUCCUCUUGCGAAGAUCUACGAUCCUCUGAAAUGUGGUAGCAUCGAUGGCACCGAUACAGUACCACAUGACAAAGCAGUUAUUAGAGCUAUGAAUGCCAAAUAUAAGCCAAACGAAAAAGUUGUUGGAGAUCCGCUUUGUACAGUAUUUGUGGCAAGACUGGACAGAGACACUACUGAGGAAACAAUUCAAAUUUUUUUUGAGAAAUAUGGCAAGAUAAAAAGAUUUCGACUUGUGAGAGAUAUAGUCACAGGACUGUCUAGAGGGUAUGCUUUCUUUGAGUAUGAACAACAGUCAAGUGCAAAGACUGCUUAUCGUGAUGCCAACAAAGCUGUCAUUGAUGGAAGAGAGAUCUUUGUAGAUUUUGAGUGUGAGCGAACACUGCGUGGCUGGAUUCCAAGACGCCUAGGUGGUGGCUUUGGUGGCAAGAAAGAAUCAGGUCAGUUGCGGUUUGGAGGAAGAGACAGACCAUUCAGGAAACCUAUAAUAGUUGGUGAGCCAAGGAGGAUAUUUGGUCAAGUGUAUAAAGGGCAGAGGCGAGGCCUGACACAUCUGGACAACUAUGACAGAUAUAGUGAAAGAGACACAAGGUACAAUCAUAACUUCAGGGCUAGAAGAUCAUCAAGUCGAGAGAGAGCAAGGCGUGAUUCUCAUCAUCAUCGAGUAACAAGAUCAAGGUCUCGGACUCCAAGACGAAACAAAAAGGUGAAACACAAGAAACAUGACAGUGAUGAGCACCAACAUCAUCACAAACAUAAGCACCACCACAAGCACAACAGGUGACGUACACAGAUAAUCCAAAAUAUACAGUAAUAUAAUUGCAACUUUAAAGUGCAAUUAUUGAAUAAUACAUGUACUAUAUUGUUCAGCUAUUAAAUAAAUAAUAAAUUGCUUCUAA